GAGACUUGAUUGGUGAUAUAAAGAGGUCGAUGUAGUGAAGAUGAGUGGUGACGGUAGGGAGCAUGAAGAAGAAGAAGAUGAAACAACGCUUCCUGGAUUCAGAUUUCAUCCAACGGACGAAGAACUUUUAGGAUAUUACCUUCGAAGAAAAGUAGAGAACAAACCCAUCAGACUCGAGCUUAUCAAACAGAUCGAUAUCUAUAAGUUCGAUCCUUGGGAUCUUCCUAGAGUGAGCAACGUCAAGGAAAAGGAGUGGUACUUCUUCUGCAUGAGAGGCAGAAAAUACAGGAAUAGCGUUAGACCGAACCGGGUCACCGGUUCAGGUUUCUGGAAAGCCACCGGUAUUGAUAAACCGAUUUACUCCAAUCUGGUCUGCGUUGGUCUCAAGAAAUCUUUGGUUUACUACCUUGGUUCAGCCGGUAAAGGCACCAAAACCGAUUGGAUGAUGCAUGAAUUCCGCCUCCCUGCCACCACAAAAUCUGACUCGCCAGCUGAACAAGCAGAGGUAUGGACACUAUGCAGAAUCUUCAAACGAGUCACACAGCAUCGAAACCCGACCAGCGUACAACCGAACCGUAAACCGGUUAUCACCUUAACUGAUUCGUGUUCUAAGACAAGCAGCUUAGAUUCUGAUCAUACCAGCCACCACCGCGUCGUAGAUUCCUUGCCCCACAAGCUACAAGAGCCGACACUUCAGCCACAGACGCAGACCGCUUAUUGGAACCAACAUACGGUUGGUUUCAAUCAACCGACAUAUACUUGUUAUGAUACUAACUUCCUGAGUUUCUGCAACAUCAACGGUGGAGAUUUCAUCGGAGACGCAGCAAGUUGGGAUGAACUUAGAUCUGUUAUAGAUGGCAACACUCAACACUUGUAAUAAUUUAGUUUCCUUUUUAUCUCCUUUUUUGAGCUUUGUAUAAAGGAUAAAAUAAUACUAUACGUAUGUCGACACUACU